AACUCCGCUCGAGUUGGAUAUCUAACUACGGCUCUUGCUGCUCAUGCGGUUGGAUUCUACGAUGUCUGAUUCUGCUCGGAGUUUUUUCACAGUCAAUCCAGCAGUCGAGCCGGAGCUCCACAUGCACGCGAGCAAUAGACGGGCGAGGCCGUUGCAUUAGGAAGGUGAACAGCUCUGCCUUCGUAAGGCUAUGCCCACAUGGAGCGGGUCUUGUAUGAAUCGGCCCUCGCCUACAAUGUCCGAUGGCGGUAUCGUACACCGAAGCCAGCCCCGCCUAUUCCAGCUCUUGUUUUGGCACAAGAUGACAAUACGAUACAAAACGAGGAAGAUAAGAGACAAAUUACGUGCAGAAUCAGCCCCGACGCCAUAUAAAUGCUUCCAAGUGCUUCCAAGACCAUGCGCCGUUCCAUGCUGCCGAGCUAGUUGUCUCUAGACCCCAAAAACUGAAAGAAGCUCAGUCCAGACGUACAGUCGUGAAGCAGAAUGCCAAUUAUACAUCAUGUUUCUCUGCUCCCAUGCUGGCCAGUCUCGACACAAUUAAAUCCGGAUCAAGACAUCCAAGCAGGGAAUUCGCCAUUCUUUUUUGCCCACGAGGCCCUUUACCCACUCAUAGUUCACCCCUCCAUUUAGUCCAGACACUCCAGUGCUCUUAUCGCGUAUCCCGUCUAUGGCAGUCUUGAUCAGCGCCUGUGCCGUGUUGUUCGCCG